AUGAGUUGCUUAACAUGGUCUUUUAAACUUUUCUGUGCCUUCCUCUCAUUGUUCUUGUUUCCACUAGCCUAUGGAGAACUGUGCUCUUCUGAUCAGAUUUCUGCAUUGCUUCAAUUUAAGCAACUCUUUUCCUUCACAAAUGGUUCUUCCUUCAAUUGUGAUUCUUUCCCAGACCAACCCGUUUGUCAAGGAGUGUGUCCUUCUUCUUCAAAAAUAAUGUCCUGGAAGGAGGAUACUGAUUGUUGCUCAUGGGAUGGUGUUACUUGUGAUAGGGUGACUGGUCACGUGAUUGGUCUCGACCUUAGUUGCAGCUGGCUUCUUGGUAACAUCCCUUCCAACAGUAGCCUCUUUCUUCUCCCUCAUCUGCAAAGCCUGAACCUCGCUUUCAAUGAUUUCAGUUCCUCUCACAUAUCUUCGAGUUUUAAUCGCUUCCCAAAUUUAACACACCUUAACCUCUCUACCGCAAACUUUUUUGAUCAAGUUCCAUUUGAAAUCUCCCAUUUGUCUAAGUUAGUUUCACUUGACCUCUCUAACAAUUAUGUAAUCCUUGAAACACCAGCCUUGAGAGGACUAGUUCAAAAUUUGACCAACUUAAGAGAGUUAAUCCUUGAUCAGGUAGACAUGUCUACCGUAUCACCUCAUUCCUUGUCAAAUCUAUCUUCUUCUUUGGCAUCUUUGAGUCUUGGAUCUUGUUUAUUGAAAGGGCGUUUUCCAGACAACAUCUUCCACCAACCAAACCUGCAAAAACUCAAUUUAGGAUUUAACAUCAAUUUGACAGGUGUUUUUCCGAAGAGUAACUGGAGCAGCCCACUCAGCUUUGUGAAUGUCUCUUUCACAAACUUUGAUGGAGAAUUAUCCGAUGAUGCAAUCAGCUCUCUCAAGUUCUUGAACACUUUGGAUCUCUACUACUGUCAUUUCAAUGGCUCGAUUCCUGCUUCACUUGGUAAUCUUACCAAACUUGCUUAUUUGGACCUAGCAUAUAACUAUUUCACAGGUUCUAUCCCAUCCUCACUUUCCAAUCUUGAGCACCUGCGUCAUCUAACUUUAAGAGACAACAGUCUCACUGGUGAAAUUCCUGAUAUAUUUUUCAACUUAACCCAGCUUUCUUUAUUUGAAGUGUCCUGGAAUCGACUAUCCGGUCCAAUUCCUACUCAUGCAAGUCGGCUCAAAAAUCUGGUCACUCUCUCUUUAGGUUCCAACUUACUCAAUGGGACAAUACCAUCCGGGCUAUAUACUCUUCCAUUAUUAAACAACAUCGACCUGAGUUGCAACCAGCUAACGGGUAACAUUGAAAAAUUUCAGAACUCAUUGCGAGUCAUCCAGUUAAAUAAUAAUGGGCUGAAUGGUUCAAUUCCAAAUUCAAUCUUUGAGCUUGAGAAUCUGACUGAUCUUGUACUUUCUUCAAACAAUUUGAGUGGUGUUCUAGAGCUUUACAUGUUUGCAAAGCUGGAAAACCUUCAAAUUCUUGAUCUUUCUCAAAACAGUCUGUCAUUGAGCACCGCAUUUAAAGCCAAUUCUUCCUUUCCUAAACUUUAUAGGUUAGGACUAUCUUUUUGCAACAUCAGAGAGUUCCCAUACAUCUUGAGAGGUCAAAACCAACUGAAUAGUUUGGAACUUUCUGCGAACAAAAUCCGGGGUGAGAUUCCCGCAUGGUUAUGGGAAUUGGGAAUGGGUAACUUGACUUUUCUAAAUCUUUCCCACAACUCUCUGAAAGGUGUCGGGCAGUUUCCAGGUGUAGGGCAGCUUCCAUGGAAUCUCCAAUAUCUUGACCUACAUUCCAACUUCAUUGAAGGAUCCCUUCCAAUUCCACCAUUUGGCAUGACACUGUUUUUGAUGUCAAACAAUAAACUGUCAGGUGAAAUACCUCGGUCAAUUUGCGAUAUCGGCACUAUUGAAGUUCUUGAUCUUUCUUACAACAAUUUGAGUGGCAAAAUUCCAGAAUGUCUGGGAAACUUUAGCAUCAAUCUUCAUGUAUUGGAUUUGCGGAAGAACAUAUUGCAUGGAAAAAUUCCUGGAACAUUUACAGAGGGCAGUAAUUUGAGAACACUUAACUUGAAUUACAAUGGAUUAGAAGGACCAGUCCCACGCUCUCUGAUCAACUGUGCACUGCUUGAAAUUCUAGAUCUUGGAAACAACAAAAUAAAUGAUACUUUCCCGUAUUGGCUGGAAAAUCUUUCAAAAUUGCAGGUACUUGUUCUUCGUUCCAACAACUUUUAUGGUUCUGUAUGGCAUUCUUCUGAUCGUGAUAAUAGCUGUUUCCCUAUGUUGAGAAUCUUUGAUCUCUCAAGCAACAGAUUUAGCGGUCCUUUGCCUACAAGGUACUUUGAAAAUCUAAAUGCUAUGAUGAUUAACGGCGAAUCCAUAAAGAAGUUGAAUUACAUGGGUGAAAAGUUGUAUUAUCAAGAUUCUGUGGAGGUGACGCUAAAAGGCAGGGAUAUCAUACUAGAGAAAAUAAUUACCACUUUUACAUCCAUUGAUUUUUCACAGAAUUACUUCGACGGAGAGAUUCCAAAAGUAAUCGGAGAGCUUCAGUCACUUCGACUCCUGAACCUUUCCCGUAACAGUCUAAAAGGCCUUAUACCUUCAUCAUUAGGAAAUUUGACCCUUCUCGAAUCUUUAGACUUAUCUUCAAACAAUUAA